CUUCCGGUAUUUUGGCCAUGUGCUCUUCUGCUGUGAGCUCCUCAUGAUCAUCUGACCAAUAGGACAAUGACAUCUCUAGCCAAGCAGUUGGAGAGACUUGCAGUCCCACACACCCAGGCAGUGUAUGGGGAAGACCAAAGAAAGAAAUCUCUACUGUUUGAUCCAUCAGAAGCUGCUUCUAUAGACAAAGAAACCUUUUAUAAUUUAGGUAUAAAUGGGUUGGAGGAACUUCAGACUAUCGAUGAUUCCUUUCAAGAAUAUGAAUCCAAUCUGUUUGCUGAAUCCUCUGUGUCCUUUGAGAGAAGUGUACAGAGCAGUGAAGUAAAUGAACGUCUGAAUGAGAAAAUCUCCCAGUUCCUGCUUCAUCUGUCUCCUUAUUGCCUGCUGAAACCAGCCCACAAGGCACUGGAAUGGCUGAUAUAUAGGUACCAUAUCCACCAGUACAAUGUUGACCAGCUGGUGAUGUGCGUUCUGCCGUACCAUGAAAGUAAAACAUUUGUCCGUGUCAUCCAGCUUUUACCUCUCGAUGCUAAAACAGCAUCCAAGUGGGACUGGCUUAAACAGAUACAGAAAACUGGAGUUCAUUUAGCCAAGAUGACUUUAGUAAAUCACUGUCGGACUAACCCUGCCUUCCUGUCUACUGUUUGUGAAAUGGUGUACAAUUCAGUCAAGGUCCAUAUCCAGUACAGUGAGAAGCUGCCCCACUUACGAACGCUGUUUUCCUUCUUCACGACCACAAUCAUUGGAGUACUAGACUCGGGGAAUGUUAAGGAGGAGUUGGUCGCUACACUUCUUACCCAUAUCAGUCAUGGUCUGCGCUCCAAGGUUCUCAACUACAAGGCCGCAUCCUACAUGAUCAUGGCACAGCUACUGUUCAAGGCUAAACUCCAGAAAUCUCUGCUAGAAACUUUGAUGAAUGGAAUGUGUAAGCACCUGUCACCCCAGCUCCUACAGGAAGCUGUCUCCUGUCUCCUCCUCAUGUUCCAGACCCAGGAUAUCUCCAAACUUACCAAAAGGGCAUUCAAGCAUUUAUGCCGUCAGACAAGUAUGGUUGACUGUUUGGCUCAUAUGACUGCGACCUUCAAGGCUGACUCUCUGAUACAGACAUUCCUACUCAAGCUGAUUCCCUGUGCCGUGAGGGAACACUCAAUCCUGACCAGCUCUGGAAACAGUAGUGACUCGGAUUCAGGCGGAGGCGUGCCACAAUAUCUUAGCCAAUUAUACACUCUCAUGUCCAAUGCUAGUCUGAGUCAGAGUACCACCAAGCUGGCUAUCAGAGAAAUUAUUGAAAGCUAUGUGAGGUAUUGGCCUCGUGUCAUUGGUGAAGAGGAGAAGACUGAGUUUGACCGGAGUCUACGGAGUAUCGUACGUCUACUAGAGGGGCGAUACUACACAGUACUUGAUGAGGCAGUGGAAGAGGUUCUCACAGAGACCGAGGAUACAGCUGUCAAAGACAUUGUCAAGGCCUUCCUCCAGCUGUCUGUUGGUGCUAUCCAGGAUGACGAUGAGGAGGAAAACCCGGGCAUGUCCCUGUUACUUCUCAACCACCAGAACCGUAUCAUCAGGAGGGAAACCACACAACGCUUCAUACAGAAUAUAAACUUUAUGGAAGACAGUGACUUCGUGUCAGACACCUUAAUGGCUCGGCUACAGGACGACGAUGUAGGAGUCGUACAUGCUGUUCUCUCAACUAAAGAGAACAUUUGGAAGUUUGUGAAAGACCAAAGCAAGUUGUUUGAAGUUUUGUACAUGCUGAAUACCAAAGCUGAAGAGAAAAGACUCUCAGAUGAUAAAACCUUAGAGUAUCGCAAAAUGGAAUCACAGUGGAAGCAGGUUGAGAUGUUUUCUCUGGCAUUGAUGUGUAAAUGUCCUAAAGAAUUUGAUGACAAAGCCACGGCCACAGGGAUACGAUACUUCUUUACACUGAGUAAUGAAGGCAUGAAGAUGUGUAACUGUGUGCUGGUGUCACCAGUAGGCAAACGGAAUACUGUACUACAGAAGCUUGAAAAAGUUAAAAAAGUUUAUAGACAACGUGUUAAUCAUCUCACAGAAUUUAACAUUGAAUGGGUGAGCUGUCUGGGCAAAAGCAUGUCCGAUUUGGACCAGGACGAAAUAUUGCAUCUGAUAGACCUGUGGAGCAGUCAAUGGAAGUUCAACAGGACAAAAUGUCUGGUGCUGCUACUUGUGGACUACCUUAUGAAGAACACCACCUUCACAACGAAUCUCUGUAGCCGACAGAUUGACUUUAUUCAGCGAGCUCUUAAUCAGGACAGGGAAAUGAAAGGUCAGAAGAAAAAGAAUUCUUACGGUUCUCUGCACGAGGAAGUGACCAAAGUUUCUAAAGACCUGUACAACCAGAAAAGCCUCGAGGAGACCUUUCUACUGACCCUGCUGAACAGAACAGUCCUGUGUUUAUCUGAUUUCAAGGACAGUGUGCCAAGUACCGAGACCAAAUUUUGGCGUUGCUGUGAUGACCUUGACAAGGACAAGCUAACUAUCUUACUGGUGAAGACAUUUAAUCUAUUGCUGAAGUCAUCUUCUGGAAGCUCCUACAGUCAGCAGUACAGAGAACUACUACUGGAAUAUACCAAGGGGACCUUUCCGGACAUACUUCUCCUUCUCCGGAUGCUGGGACUGAUGUGGACACAGCACAGUAACCCUGACAACACAUCUCUAGAACUGACUGUCAUCACCCAGGCUAGUGCUCUACAGAUAGGCAAGGCUCACCUGCUCAACUUGACCCCUGAAGAGGUCAAUGUCAUUCACACAAACAUCACUCCUGUACUGAUGAACAUAAUGGUAGCAAUGACGUCACCCCACCAGUCACUCCGGGACAUGGCUGUGGAAUGUGUAGUUGCCAUGGGGACUCUACUUCAGGAAACAGAUCAUGAGAUGUUACCACUCGUUAAAAAGUUGAUACGCUGUCAGCCUGAGAUAUCAGCUGAUAGUAGUUAUGUCUCUCGGGUUAUUGCAACAGUUUUCAAAGAUUGUGACAAAGAAGCAACAAUGAACUCACCUCAUAAGAAGAGAAAGUCAUUAACACAAGAUCUUAAAUCAAAAGCAUUUGACAUGAUAGUAACCCUUAUUGUUGCUAUAGAAACCCCAGCCUACAUACAGAGGGCAGCACUGGAGCUACUACAGGGUCUUGAGAUACAGAAACUGUUACAAGAUCUGUUUCCUCUGCUGACAAAGCUAUUGUCUGACAUUGACAAUGAUAAUACUAACAGAACCAAGUUUGACAGUAUACUGAUGAUACUACAGCGAUUCACACAUGAAACAGCAGCACUGCUGCCCUCUGGUGGACAAGGACUACAACUCUUUACAAAGGCCCUUCAAACAUCCUAUGGACCAGAUGAAAGUACAACUACUGUGCAGCUUUGUGCACUUGGCCAGAUUGACAAACUCCUGUACACAGCCUUGCCAGAGGCCAGCCAGAGGACCCUCCUCACCUGUCUGAUUGAUGUGUGGGUCUCUACAGAUAGUCAUGUUGUGUCUGCUGCUGUAAGGAAGGUCAUAAAACAGCUGCCCUUAGAGUCAGCAGAUGUUGUAGAGGAGCUUCAGUCCUGUUGGAAAACUACAUCUAACUCGGCCAAAACAGUCAAGGAGACCAAAAGGAGGAAAAGACAACAAUCUGAGACAGAUGAGGAAUUUAACCAGGCAGGCUGGCGUCGCACUACCCUGAUCUUAGAGGGUAUUCAGGAGAAGAAGAAGCUCGCCAACAGUCCCCUUCUCCUGCCUCUAUGUUUCCAACUCCUGACACGUGUGUUGGACUCGGAUCAGCACAGCUCCGCCGAGUACAUCAAACAGCUCAUUCUGUCUCUGAUCAACCAUGUGUGUCAAAAGAUCCAAUCUGACCAGGAAGAGAAAAAAGCAAUUGAGGAACAGAAAUUCAACAUGGAGUUGAUUGUUCAGGCAAUAAGAACAUCCAGUAACCCGCAAACUCACAAUCAGGCCUUGUUGGUUCUGACGACGGCUGCUAGACUUUACCCUGAACACCUACUACACAACGUGAUGUCUGUGUUCACAUUCAUGGGUGCCAACAUCCUACGACAAGAUGAUUCUUACAGUAUACAGAUCAUUGGGCGUAUCCUGGAGACUGUCAUACCAGCUCUUAUAACAGCCUGUGAACAGAGAACCAGGGUACCGAAAGGCGUGUCUAAUAAAGUGGAGGAUGUCAUCACCAUGGUGAUCCGCGUGUUUGUGGACGCCUACCCCCACAUCCCCGAUCACCGCCGCCUGAUGCUGUUCACCAAACUCAUACAGAUUGUAGGAGAGGAUCAGUACCUUUGGCGUACCCUACUCUUACUAGUCACUCACCUGGUUACCAGGGGAACCCAGUCCACUGACGAUACACCAGCCACUGAGCGUGAGAUACUUUCCAAGGAUAUGGAGUUCUGUUUACAACUCUCUGGGCAGUUCUCUGCGACAACACAACUUGUGUUUGCCUCAGCGGCCAUCAAAUAUCUGGAAGAACUGCCGGAUGAUAAAACAGAGGAAAAGCUAGUUCAGCGGGUAGUCCAGCCUCAGUCUCUUGGAAAAUUGCGCAAGGAGGACACAGAAAUCUAUAAUGUGAAAAUCCAUACAGCCAAACAGCUGCGUCACUUCAAGUACAAAGUCAUCGAGCUUCUUAUCUCGUUACACACCAACCAGGUGUAUAUUGUACAGGUAACCAACUGUAGUGAUCCAUCAUUACUGAAGAAUUUUCAGAGUCUUCUACAGAAUAUCAUGGAGUUUCUGUCCAGGGUUUCCAUGGCAACAGAUAGAUACCAAGACACCAUUACAGCACGGUUUUGGAGAGCAUACCAACACAAAGUGUAUGAUCUACUGGAGAAGGUGGUGACCUUGUUGCCAGAGGACAUGUUUGUGGAGGUUGUAUCCUCGUUAAUGGACCAUGCUCUCCCAAAUGUACAGAGGAAGGCCCUGGAGCUGCUCAAUACCAACCUUCACCAGAAACGGGAUGGCCUGACAAAACAUGAGGUAUCCCUGCUACUACCGCUGGUGGACAAGAUCCGUGGUAUCGUGGAAAAUACCUGUCUGGUUGUGGGCAGUGUAGAGGAGGUUACAGUCAAUGCUCAGACUGCCCUGUAUGGACUAAAACUCCUGUGUCACCACCUAGGAGAGAACAACCCACAUAUGUUUAUCAAGGUUCUAAAACUUGCUGUGCGAGUGUUCAGUGAGAGGGGCGAUAACCUACAGCUGUCAGCAUGUGCCUUACUUUGUAUUGCUGAGAUUUCCCAAGUUCUCAAAAUCCACGUCAUCGCCCAUCUCUCAUCUUUCAUGCCGAAGCUGAUCACCUGUUUGGAGAACCAUGAUACUUUACUUAUAAAUGAGCUGUUCCUGUUGAGUGUGGUGACAACGUUACAGAAGGUCGUAGAAAAUCUCUCUAACUUCCUCAGUCCAUACAUCAAGGAUAUCGUUCUACGGGUUUGCUGUCUGUCUGCUCUGGAUACAGAACUUGAUGUGAUGAAGAAACCACAGACACAACAAAGGCUGAAACACAUCAGGUCAUCACUGUCAACAGUACUGCCAUUCCGGGUCAUGCUUCCAUCUGUCAGUAAUUGUUAUGAAAAGUUCUCCAAUAAUGAUCUGAUGUGUGUGAAGCCCCUUAUGUCCCUGCUGGAGGACCAUAUUUCCAACAUGAGCCAAGACGAUCUGACAAGUAAUCUGCCACAGCUCCAGACUUUCUUCCUCGUCUGUCUGGACUUCAGAGCUAAACACCCUGACGUUGAAGAGGGUGAUAUGACUUUGAUAGAGGGUAGUAUUAUGCAGACCAUCAUCUCUAUGGUGAUGAAGCUAUCAGAGUCCACAUUCAGACCAUUUUUACUGAAGCUGUAUGACUGGGGGACCAGGGAAUCUGACAUUAAGGCCAGGGUUACAGUAUUCUACAGACUAGCUGACAGUUUAGCUGAGAAACUGAAGAGCCUGUUUACCUUGUUUGCUGGACAUUUUGUACAACAUGCUGCUGAACUCCUAGACCUUAAUAAUUCAUCUAAAACAGGGAAGGGUUACUUUGGGAAGGGAAAGCCGUACCGUCGAAUGUCCCAUCAACUACUGGUCCAUGUGGUAGACUGCCUCCAUAAGUGUUUCCUGUAUGAUACGGAAGGCUUCCUCAACAAAGACCGUUUUGACUGCCUAAUGCAACCACUGGUAGAUCAGUUGGAUAACACUGGCCGCAGUGAGAAUCUGUACCGAAAGCGUGUUGACCAUCACCUUGUACCUUGUCUUGUACAAAUGGCUGUAGCUGUCCAGGACGAUUCCUUGUGGAAAACAUUAAAUUACCAGAUACUGCUCAAAACCAGGCACGAGGAGCCAAAGGUACGGUUAGGCGCCCUGAAUGCAGUUGAUCAACUGCACAAGAAGUUAGGAGAGGACUUCUUAGGCCUACUGCCAGAGACUAUUCCGUUCCUGGCUGAGCUGAUGGAAGAUGAGUGUGAAGAGGUGGAGAAAGAAUGCCAGGCAGUUAUUGGAGAAAUGGAGAAAACUUUAGGGGAACCUCUACAGAAAUACUUCUAGAAUGCCAGGCAGUUAUUGGGGAAAUGGAGAACCUCUACAGCAAUACUUCUAGAAAGCCAGGCAGUUAUUGGGGAAAUGGAGAGAACCUCUACAGAAAUACUUCUAGAAUGCCAGGCAGUUAUUGGGGAAAUGGAGAACCUCUACAGAAAUACUUCUAGAAAGCCAGGCAGUUAUUGGGGAAAUAGAGAACCUCUACAGCAAUACUUCUAGAAUGCCAGGCAGUUAUUGGGGAAAUGGAGAACAUCUACAGAAAUACUUCUAGAAUGCCAGGCAGUUAUUGGGGAAAUGGAGAACCUCUACAGAAAUACUUCUAGAUAUCUAUAGUGCUUUGUCUGCCUUGCAAGGCUGAUUAAAGGAAACUUUGGGAAAUCUGCCUUGUGUCUAUGAUGUUUCUGUUACUGACUGUGAUGGUUUGUUAAAACAGAUAUCAGUCUAAAAGACUAAUUUCAUCAUAUCAGUACUUUUGUGAAAGAAAAACUCCAAAUUGUGAUACCAUAUAGAUUGCAAUAAACAGUGCUACUGUCAAUGAUGAACUGGUGAUUACGACAGCAGUGUGGUUAAUAUUAAUCCAUUGAUCGAAAGUAGUUCAACCCAAAAUAUAGUAAUAUGUAUAAAUAUAGUAUGGACACCUUAGCUUGCUACUCUAAAGCAUCUACAUCAAUUGUAUCCAAUCUAGGUAAUAAUAGCUCACAGUUUAAGAAAUUGCUGCAAAAAUGUCUUGAAUGCAUCUCCCAUUCUCUAAAAAAAUUAAGGCCAUAUUUACAACUGCUGUAUUGCAAUGUUGCAAACACAUUUCUUCUCACUUUUGAAGGAAAAGUGAUAAUUUUUGUGAAAACAUCAGAAACAUAAGAAGUUUUAAUAAGUUUAAUAAAUGAUAAUUUCUAUAAA